AUGGCGUCUUUAGUACUAACCUCCCCCCUCAACCUCCGAUUUCGCCCACUCUCAACUCCCGAACCCCGCUUCCCCACCCCAAAAUCCCUCUGUUUGAAUUCAAGAUCUUUUAUAAAAAACAGCGUUAACAAUUCUAACAACCCACUUAAUCCUCAAAAAAAUAAAGAUUUCAAUCCAUCAAUUUCCCAAAAAUCGAAAUUCUUAAUUCAUUCCCCGAAAAGGGACUCAAUUAUAGUCAAUUCCGCCUCUACAGCUGCCACGUCAGCUCCUCAGCAGCAGCCAUGGCAGGGGGCGGCUAUGAAGCCACUUAUAGCGUCUAUAGCUACAGGAGUUAUUCUAUGGCUUAUUCCGGCGCCGGACGGAGUAUCGCGCAUUGCGUGGCAGUUGUUGUCUAUUUUUUUGGCUACCAUAGUUGGAAUAAUCACUCAGCCUUUACCAUUGGGAGCUGUGGCAUUGAUGGGUCUUGGCGCGUCUGUUCUGACCAAAACCCUCUCUUUUGCUGCUGCCUUUUCAGCUUUUGGCGAUCCCAUUCCUUGGUUGAUUGCUUUGGCCUUCUUUUUUGCACGUGGGUUUAUUAAGACCGGAUUAGGAAACAGAAUUGCGUAUCAAUUUGUUUCGUUAUUUGGAAGUUCGUCUUUAGGAUUAGGUUACAGUUUGGUUUUUAGUGAAGCCCUUUUGGCUCCGGCUAUUCCCUCAGUUUCAGCCAGGGCUGGAGGGAUUUUUUUGCCAUUGGUAAAGUCACUGUGUGUGGCUUGCGGUAGUAAUGCAGGUGAUGGGACUGAACAUAAAUUGGGGUCAUGGCUAAUGCUGACAUGCUUCCAAACCUCAGUGAUUUCGUCGUCCAUGUUUUUGACAGCCAUGGCGGCUAAUCCAUUAGCCGCCAACUUGACUUCCAGUACAAUAAAUCAGACCCUGGGGUGGAUGGAUUGGGCAAAGGGUGCAAUUGUGCCUGGAUUGGUGUCGUUGAUUGUGGUCCCAUUGCUUUUGUAUGUGAUCUAUCCGCCCACUGUGAAGAGUAGCCCCGAUGCGCCUAAGCUUGCCAGGGAGAAAUUAGAAAAGAUGGGGCCCAUGUCAAAGAAUGAGCUUAUCAUGGCUGGAACUCUACUUCUCACGGUGGGGCUUUGGAUUUUUGGAGGUACCCUGAACGUGGAUGCUGUUACUGCAGCAAUUCUUGGAUUAUCUGUCCUUCUUGUGACUGGGGUUGUCACGUGGAAGGAAUGCCUAGCUGAAUCUGUGGCCUGGGACACUCUUACCUGGUUUGCUGCACUUAUUGCUAUGGCUGGGUAUCUAAACAAAUAUGGUCUCAUCUCUUGGUUCAGCCAAACUGUUGUUAAGUUUGUUGGCGGAUUGGGACUUCCAUGGCAGUCAUCUUUUGGCAUUCUGGUUCUUCUUUACUUCUAUUCUCACUAUUUCUUUGCAAGUGGGGCUGCUCACAUUGGUGCCAUGUUCACAGCAUUCUUAUCUGUAGCUAGUGCUUUGGGUACGCCACCAUACCUUGGAGCCAUGGUCCUCUCAUUUCUAUCAAAUCUUAUGGGCGGCAUUACCCAUUACGGGAUUGGAUCAGCACCCGUGUUUUAUGGUGCUGGCUAUGUGCCGCUUUCCAAAUGGUGGGGCUACGGAUUCGUGAUCUCAGUGGUCAAUCUUAUUAUCUGGCUUGGAAUCGGUGGGGUGUGGUGGAAGGCCAUUGGUUUGUGGUAG